AAUAAUUAUUAUAAUAAACAAUAAUACCUUUAUGUAAUAAUAAUAUAAAAUUGUUUGUUUGAAGAUCAAGAUGUAUCGAAAUGUUAACAACAAUUACAAGGGUCAUUCUGUUUUUACAAAUGGCGCAGGAUCCCGUGUAAAGUCACUACUUUCGUCGGCUACCGACAACACAAACGAGUACCAGAGCAUAGCGGAAUGUUACGAAGGGCAAUCAGUUUUUAUAACAGGGGGCACAGGAUUCGUUGGAAAGGUGCUCCUAGAAAAGUUGCUAUAUAGUUGUCCCGGGAUAGACAAGGUGUACCUUUUGGUGCGGGAGACACAGGGCGCCACAGCGCAUCAGCGAAUGCAGAAGCUUCUAGAAGAACCUGUAUUUUCAAGAAUAAAAGAAGAAAAUCCUCAGGCAUUCGAGAAAGUAAUACCCAUAGUGGGUGAUAUUACUCAACCACAACUCGGAAUAAUGGCCGAGAAUGAGGAACUUCUGAUUAAGGAGGUAUCAUUCGUUUAUCACGUCGCUGCAACCACAAAGUUCAAUGAAACCUUAGAUAUAGCCAUGAACGUAAACGUAGCGGGUACUGGACGUGUCCUAGAUCUGAGUAAACGAAUGGAAAAUAUUAAGGCCUUCGUAUAUGUUUCCACGGCGUAUUCAAAUACAGACAGAGAAGUGGUAGAGGAAGUUUUGUAUCCAGCACCGGUGUCGUUGAAUGAAGUGAAUAAGUUACUCAAGAUCGGUAUCACUGAUGCGCAAGUCAAAGAACUUAUCAAGGGCAGACCCAAUACGUAUACAUUCACAAAAGCCUUAGCAGAGAAUCUCGUUGCUGACAACCAUGGGGACGUACCUGCAAUUAUAGUAAGACCUUCAAUAGUGUCAUCUAGCAAAAAAGAACCGGUUACCGGUUGGAUAGACAGUUGGUACGGAGCGACAUUUCUGGCGACAGUAACCAUGAAGGGAUUCAACCGAGUCUUUGUCUCUUCCUAUGAGUACAAUUUAGAUUUCAUCCCUGUAGACUACGUAUCGAACCUUAUCAUCGUUGCAGCAGCGAGAUGUAAAUGUUCCGAUAAGGUCGACGUUUAUAACAGUAGUACGAGCGGCGAGAAUCCUCUGAAGAUCGGUGCGUUUUUCGACGACAUUAUUGCAUAUAGCUGUAAACACAAGUUUUAUGACAUCCCACUGCCGAUGGCGUACCUCACACGUUACAGAUGGGUGAUGUUCCUUAUAACGCUGCUUUUACAGACCCUGCCGGCUUAUAUUGCUGACUUAUUUUUAUUAAUUGUAGGAAAGAAACCAAGAUACGUAAAACUCGCAUCAAAAAUAUCGGCAGCACACGACGUAUUGGACUAUUUCCCGUCUAGAACUUGGUCGAUGUCCGCCCGACAGACGACGGCGUUGUUUCAGUCGUUGUCUCCAUCGGACAGAGAUCAGUUCCCAUGUGAUCCUACGGACAUAGAUUGGAAGGAAUACAUUGUUACCUACUGUCAAGGAAUAAGGCAGUUUUUGUGUAAAUCUUAAUU